AUGGAAGAAUCACUGACGCCCUCUCGACCAGUUCGAUGGUCAACGGGAGUUAAGAAUAUCCCUGCCAGUGAUGGAAUGGUCGUUCAUUCGAUAAUGGGAAUUCUAUCACCGAUUUAUCCUGCUUAUGACAACUACUUGUGUUUAUUAUUACGUGGACGCAAUUUCCGGACAGUUGUACUUGCUACGGUCAUGCCCCACGAUCGGUCGGGUUCGGAGGAGAAGGAUGAGGACAGUGUGAGAGAUAACGUUCGUAGUGUAUAUUUGAUGGCAAAGCAAUGGAAUAUUGAAGGUUUGGAACGCCACGCGCCACCUCGGUCCGUGUAUUUCAUGCCAGCCGAUGGAAGCAGAAAGGUAGAGAAGACAGGGCACUCGCGAGGAAAACAUAGCAAAUAUAAUGUGUCAGCGAAAUCACACGAUGAAGAAUGUGUGCGCGAGAAACGGAAGAGAAAACCGAAAAAGAAAACAAAAAGCAAAAGGAUUCGUAGAAAAGUGAAAACCGAGAAAAAGAGCAGCUCUUCAGAGGAGAAUGUACGAGAUCGAAACUCAGGAAGCAAAGAAAGCAAAGAAGAGAAAAAAGAUUAUGCAGAGAAUUCGAGUAGCGAGAGGGCACGGAAACAUGAAAAGCGAAAAAAAGGGGCAAGUAGGAGGAAAUUAUCGAAAGGAAAGAAUCAACCUUUGAAACCAAAAAAGUCUAAUUCUGUCGAGAUAGUUGGUAGUGGCGAAAAUGACGCGAAAGCAGAUGACGAAGAUGAGCCAGCGGUUGGAAGAACGGAUCUAUCGGCUAAAAAUUUGCAGCGUGCAAUCGAGCUAGUGAAUCGACAUCGUGAAGCUGAGCGCAGAAAGGAAGAAGAACGUCAGCGUCGAGAAGCCGGCGCCAGUGUUGAGUCGGAUCAAAACGACGUGAAGCACGGCGCAGUUCCGACAGACGAGGCAGGGACAGGUUUGCUCAUUCAAGGGAGCACAAAAAUAGGCAAUAGAUGCCGCCACUCAAAGAAAACACAUCUUCACAAGUGCAGUCAAUCGAUAUUUCGCAAAAAUUUUGAUCUACAGCUUCACUGUGAAUUUAUACGUGGGAAUAAAUGUAGACAAGUGUUUUUGAAACAAGUAUUGAUCGAGACGAGUAGGACUAUUGCUACAAUUCCUACGAAUUACGCAUGGGCAGAGCAGCGGAACUACCGCAGGGGAAUCAUAUGCUCUGACGAUGGUGAUAACACCGAAACGUUAGUUGUUAAUGAAGAUCAACAAAAUCUUACCUAUUGUUCAAGAAAAUCAAUAAAAAGCUGCGUUUUCGGUUAUGCCAAGAUAUGCCAAGAUUCAAGGACAGUCGAAAAUGGAUAA